AUGUAUUCACACAUUUACAAACACACAGAGAUACUCACUUGCCCCUCAUUAAGUCCCCCAACUAACGGAGCUAUCACAUUCACUCCUGGUGCUGACAACAGCAACAUUGGACUGGGCUCAGUGGCUACCUACUCUUGUAACCUUGGCUAUGUGCUAGUGGGACACACCACCAGAGCGUGUCAAAGCUUAUAUGGGGGAGCAUCGGCAGCUUGGAGUGUAAAUCCACCAGUUUGCCAGGAGGCAGUCUACUGUCCUGUGCUAACGGCCCCUGGUAAUGGUAGUGUGACGGUCAGCUCUGGAUUCAACCCCCUCAGUGUGGGGUCAGUGGCUACAUACUCAUGUGACCCAGGCUACGCCCUCCUAGGAACCACCACCAGGAAUUGUGCGAACCCAGACAGUGACUCAGUGGGAACAUGGACUGGAGCAAUGCCGGAAUGCGAAGUCAUUCUUUGCGCUGAGUUGUCGGUUCCUGACAACGGCACCCUUGUGAUUAGUUCUACUCUGCUUGGUGUGGGUACUACUGCCAGCUACACCUGUAACCAAGGUCAUGUUCUGGUUGGUGAUGUCACUAGGACUUGUCAGGACACUAGCGGAGGGACUGCUACUAUAGGAACAUGGAGCGAAAGUGACCCAACAUGUGCUGUACCUAACAGAGCUAUGAUAGAUUGUCAAGAUACAGCUUGCCGAUAUGAACAGCUGGUGUGCCCAGAACAAGAUAACUGCACCGUAGAUUGCUAUGACUCAAGAUCGUACGCUUGCUUCCAGACUGACGUGUAUUGUCCGAGUGGGAGAGGAGAUUGUACGCUCAACUGUGACGACUCUUACGCCUGUCUACAAGCUAACACAACAUGCCCUCAGGGAGACUGCAUUGUGAACUGCCUGAACGACUACACCUGUUUGAGCUCAGCUUUUGAAUGCUCUGGAGACAACUGCAUCUUCAACUGUCAGAGACAAGAGUCGUGUUCUAAUUCAAUCAUGGAAUGUGCAAGUGAAAAUUGCACAAUGAAUUGUGUUGGGAGCCGAUCUUGUAUUGGACUAGUAACUACAGAAUGCUCAAGAGAUAACUGUCUCUACAAUUGUGCUGGGAGUAGUUCUUGUAAUACCUUAACUACUGAAUGCUCGGGAGAUAACUGCCUCUACAAUUGUGCUGGGAGCAGUUCUUGUACCAGCUUGACUACAGAAUGCUCAGGAGAUAACUGCCUCUACAAUUGUGCUGGGGGAGGUUCUUGUAAUAGCUUAACUACAGAAUGCUCAGGAGAUAACUGCCUCUACAAUUGUGCUGGGAGCAGUUCUUGUACUAGCUUGACUACAGAAUGCUCAGGAGAUAAUUGCCUAGUAGACUGCCUGUCUUACUCAUGCCAACGCUCAAACAUUCAAUGCACGAGUGGUAACUGUACGGUAAAUGGCAGAGGUUACUAUUCUCUUCGAUACUCAACAGUUUCUUGCCCACCAGAUGGACUGUGUGUUGUCAACUGUACGGAUCGAUACGCUUGUCAAAACUCCCAGCUCACAUGUCCCAGUGGAGGAAACUGUGUUUUUAAUUUCCAUGGGGACCGUUAUUCUUCUGAUUAUCGUUAUGAUGAUUAUAUUGGAAGGUACACAACUAUUUCAUGCCAAGAUAACAGUACCUGCAGUAUCUACUGUAGUGGCCGAAACGCAAACAAUGACCACCAAUGCUCCAGCUCUCGCAUCACCUGCUCAGAGAGUGGGGACUGUAGUGUAGAGUGCAGUGGGUACUACUCUUGCCAGUCUUCAACCAUUGUCUGUGGUCGUGACAGAGAGUGCUUGAGUUGCAGCGGCUCGUCCUCUUGCUUCCGUGCAACCAUCACACUUCCUAACAUUGAUAGAGCAAACUUAAAUUGCACUGGAUCGUCCUCAUGCCGGAUAGCAAGAAUCACCUGUCCAAUUAACAAUGAAUGUGCAAUAAAUUGUAGCAGCUCGUCUUCUUGCUACGGUGCAACCAUUACACUUCCUAUCACUGAGACAGGCAGUUUAAGUUGCACUGGAUCUUUCUCAUGCAGGAGUGCAAGAAUAACGUGCCCAAAUAAUAACACCUGUACGAUCAAUUGUGACGGCCAGUCUUCUUGCAGUAGUGCAACCAUCACACUUCCCAACACUGGCACAGGAACUUUAAGUUGUACUGGCCAGUCUUCUUGCAGCAGUGCAACUAUCACACUUCCCAAUAUUGAUACAGCCAGCUUAAAUUGCACUAGUGGAAGCACAUGCCAGAAUUCAAGAAUCACCUGCCCAAACAACAACAAUUGUACAAUACAUUGUGACGGCCUGUACUCUUGUAACAAUGCCGGAGUGACCUGUCCCACUGGAGACCACAGCUGCAACAUCCUCUGCACUGACCCACUGUCCUGUCAAGGCUUGAGUAUCACCAACACACACAACGUCUACCUACAAUGCUGCGGUGGUCUGUCCUGUGCCGGAACUACUGUCACCCCAUCCUCAACAGAGUGUCCAUACAUACACAACUGAUUUAAGAAAGCAUCGAUUAAAUAGAACUUCUUUAUAGUACUGCAUUAGUGGAACGAAUAUUAGAACUAUAAGAUGAACAU